GGAGAUGCAUGAUCUAGUGUGAGAUAUGGGAAGAGAAGUCGUUCGCAUGGAAUCAGCUCGAGAUCCUGGAAAACGGAGUAGAUUGUUCAUCCCGCAAGAAGUUUGUGAUGUUCUACAAGGAAAUAAAGGUUCCAAAAAGGUAGAAGUACUGAAGGUAGAUCGACGAGCAUUUGAGGGAGUGAACUUGAGCACCAAAGCAUUUAAGAAAAUGAAAAACCUUAGGGUUCUUAUAAUGGAUGAGUUACAUAUUAGUGGAGAUUUUGAGCUGUUGUCCAAGGUGCUCAGAUGGUUGUCUUGGAAAAAAUGUCCUUUAAAAUGUAUACCAUCAAAUUUUCCAGCUGAGAAUCUUGUAGCUCUAGAUAUGCAGGAGAGUGAUAUCCAAGAAUUUCAAUUGAAUUUGCAGUGUUGUAGAAGUUUGAAGAAGUUGGAUCUCUCUUAUUGCAAGCAACUCAGAAGGACUCCAAACUUCAACGGUUCACGAAGUCUUGAGACUUUGCUGCUUGGUGGUUGCUCAAGUCUGACAGAGAUCCAUCCAUCAAUAGGAAAUUUGGACAGACUAAUUAAACUAGAUAUGUCUAGUAGCGAAAAAAUUACGUAUCUUCCAAGCAGCAUAUGCCAGCUAAAAUCCCUUGAAGACUUGGACGUUGAUGGCUGCUCAUCUAUAAAAACACUGCCAGAUAACCUUGGAGAUAUGAAAAGUCUAUUAUGUCUUUCUGCAUCUGGUACGGGUAUAAAACAAUUGCCUAGAUCUGUUGAAAUGCUAAGAAAUCUUUUAACUUUGAGAGUGGGAGGUCGAAAGAGAGAGGCCAAAAGGAGUAUUUCUGGAAGUGGAGUCCAUCGGAUACAAUAUUCCUUGUCAACUUUUGUAUCCGAAUUGAGCCUUACAUACUGUAAUUUGUCCGAGGCUGAUAUUCCUAGGGAUAUUGGGAGCUUAUCCUCCUUAGAAUAUUUAGAUUUGAGUGGCAACAGUUUCCAUUGUCUACCCAUUGAUUUUUCUAAGUUAGGAUUAUUGGCGGAGUUGUGUUUGAAUGACUGUGAGAAUCUUCAAACACUCCCGUCAGUAUCAAAUUUAGAGAAUCUUGCAAUUAUUGAACUUGAAAAUUGCCAAAAAUUGGUCAAGAUUACAGAGUUGGACAACCUCCCUUCUAUAAAGCGGAUCUACAUGAUAAAUUGUAGUUCUCUGCAGAAUCCAUUCAAUGAAGGCUUCUUUAGUGCACCUGCUGCAUUUAGAAAAGAUCCAGAUAUGGAUUGUUUAGAAAUUUAUCUCGAAUGCAAUGAGAUUCCAGAAUGGUGCAGGAAUCAAGUAACAGCUUCAUCUAUGUGUUUGACUAUGCCGACACAUAAUAAUGAGGAGUAUAACUUCUUAGGAAUGGUUCUCUGGUUUGUUUCCGACUUUUUGGAUGCAGACCCUUCUUCAAGCUUCUCGAUUAGUAUUGCCCAUAAAAAGAAUUUAAUUGAUACGUGGAAUAUACCUUAUGAACAUAGAGAAGUAUCAUGUGUAUAUUACAUAAAUGAAGCUUUUGAUGGCCAGAUGAUUAAAGGCGGGGAAAUGAUAGAAGUGUGGUCUGAAGACAUUACAGUAAAGAAGAUAGGGAUCCAUCUGUUAUAUUUAGACCAACAUGGUAAAGUUAUAUCUUUGCCGGGAGAAGUGGAUCAUUCUUAUUCUAAGUACCCAAAAAGAGUUUCUUAGUUGGUCAGAAACGUUUUAAAUGAUAGAGUAUUGUUUAGCUUGUUCGGCAUUGGAUUCGUCUUGUUCGAGGUAAGUAACAUCUCUAAUCUUGGAGCUGAAGGUAUGAAC